UAUGGCUUUCCUUUAAAAAAUAUCAAUAAAUGCAAUGUCAAGGUACAUCUAAGUGAUAAAAACUAUUAAAAUAAUGAACUUUCAUGUAGUUAUAAUGUAAUCAAUUUGUAUUUAAUGUUAUUACCUGGACAGUGGUAUGAGUGUUUUAAUUUUAAAAAGUAGUAGUUAUACAAAUUAUAUAAAGUUACUUAAGACUUAUAUUUGUGGAGUUUAUUCCGCAUGGUGGGCGAUGGAAGUAAUAAGAAUUGACAAGACAGAUUUAAAAUAUCUUUGCCGCGCACAAAAUAUAACCAGCCAUCACGGAACCUCCCCAGGGAGGGUAAUAACUCAGUUAAGUGCUCUGAGAGGAGCGAUACUGCCUUACGCGAGAAAAAGCGCCACGAGGCCCCGCGACGUUCAGAGUUUGCGCCGGGACGCCGCCAUCGAUCCGCCACGCAGCUGUGAAAAGUGGCCUAGAAAUCGCGGACCGUCUCGUUUAAAUCGCUCCAACCGAAUUCCUCGAGGUCUUUCUGUGUCCGGUGAACAAUCUGCGAGGCGAUGGCAGGGUGCGAUACACGUUACUGACGGUUAUGGCCACUGACGACAGCAUGAGUGACGACGUGUUUGAGUCAGACGACACUCUGCGCACCCCCGGUGCACCCACCACCCAGCCUU